AUGCAGUUCUCCACCAUCUUCCUCUCCGCCGUCGCCCUCUUCGGCUCCAUCUCCCUGGCUGCCCCCGCCCCGGUCGCCGAGGCUGCUCCCGCUCCCGCCCCUGAGGCCGAGGCCGAGGCCGAGCCCGGCGUCAUCCUAGCCCGCUCAUCGUGCCAGGCCGGCAGCAUCUUCGAUGCUGGCGAUGCCGCCUGCAGCGCUUCUUGCAUUGCCCAGGGCCAGGGCUUCCACGGCGGCUACUGCUCCAAGAAGGCCGUCUGCCACUGCACUCACUAA